AUGAGGUUUCUUGCAUCACUCGUCAGGUGGCAAAUUUUGUGUGCGUACUUGUUCUGGCUGACAGCACAGGUUGCAGACCAAGCUGGUCGCGUUCAAGGGCAACCGCGACUACUCGCGCAUCUGCUCGGGUUCGACCUGCCGCUGGACAGCGUGAAAAAGUGCGUACUGCAAGUGCCCGCGCCUAUUGAUAUUGCCGGCCCCGGGUACAGCUUGACGGCUUCAGUGACGGACGACUUUUGGGAUGAGGCGACGGUCAGCGGCUUUACGAAGAAAAUUGACGGCACGCCGGUUGGGUCGACUAACGUCACGGGCAGGGUGGCCAGCGAGAUUGAUGUCACUAGCGCGUGUGUGGGUGCAAAGAACCACAAGCUGAGCUUGUUUGUGGAUACAAGCUUCCCAUUGGUCGCCUUCAACUCGAUCCAGUCGGGCAACAGCGACGUGUUCAAGCUGGACUAUUCGUUUUAAGCAGCAGCACCGCCCUGAGUGGAGGGCUGCUGUGUUGUUUUUGUGGGCUUGAUUUCGACAAAUUUAAUCGUGCAUUGAUUUUUCGUUAUUGGCUCGUGAGGUGUGACGAUGCCAUAGUAUACCUGUUUCGAAAGUGAAUGGGGUCAUCGGAUGGCUUGUGCUUCUAUCCCGCCUUGGCCACACUUUUUCCUAUUCUUUUUGAAUUAUCUUUUCAUUUAUUAG